AUGAUGAGCCAGCCUUAGCCUCCCAGCAUGCUGAGAUUACAAGCGUGAGCCACCACGCCCAGCCGGUUGGUUUUAACUAUUUGGGGCACACACUGUGAUUUUUUUUCUGACGCAGCUGGUAUAGCGCUUGCCUGUAACAAUUUGCAAUUCACUAAGUUGAGCAAGGUCUGGGCACCUCCAAGGCAGACAUGCCAGUGGCUGAAGAGAACACAACAUUCAAAUCCUCUCCAUCUGGGGCCUUGGUCCGGAAGGCCAAUCUCAUGGCAAGUCGAACGGCUUUGAGACAUCUCCCUCGUGGCGGGUGCCCGAGCUGCAGCUGCGCGGCCUCUGGAAAGAGAUCUGCUGCUAAGUAACAGGACUUCAGAAGAGCUGUGUGACUUUGGUCAAGUCCCUUCCUCCUUCAGGAACGCUGCAGUGGGCCUAAGUGCCUCCUCCCGGAACUGGUACGGGGACGGUCGUGCGAUUUUGACAACAUUCGCCUUUUAAUGUUUAUUGAUCUUUUGUGACACGCGCGUCGGUUCCCAUCAGCAAGGAAGUCAAUGGUAGCGGCGCGGGAGCCUGCAGAACUCGCGCUCUAGCUCUCGCGGGACCUCCGCCCAAGGCCUCGCAGCAUCACCCCCUCCGCCGCCGUGGCGGCGGCGGCGGCGGCGCGUAGCUUACUCACAGGGCCGGCCCGUAUCCCUCCGCCGCCGGCGCGGCUCAGCCCUCCCUCCCCUGGCCCGCCAAUCCCCGCGCCUCCCGACCUGCCCCUCGGUCGGGCCCACCCCGUGCUCCGACGGCCCCACCCCGGCGGCGCCGCCCGCCCGCCCGCGCGUCCCUCGGUCCACCUGCAGCAGGCAGGAAGGCAGGCAGUCCCUCCGGCUGUCCGACCGAGAGACGCCGGCCGAGCUUGGGCUUUUGCUUUCUGGCGGAGGGAUCCGCGGCGGCUGACUAGGUGGCGCUGAUCCUGGGAGGAAGAGGCAGCUACGGCGGCGGCGGCGGCGGCGGCGGCUAGGGCGGCGGGGAAUAAAGGGGCCGCCGCCGGGUGAUGCGGUGACCGCUGCGGCAGGCCCAGGAGCUGAGUGGGCCCCGGCCCUCAGCCCGUGCCGCCAGACCCGCUCUCCUCAACUCUCCAUCUUCUCCGGCCGACCGCGAUCGCCAAGGCGGCCUCAGGCUCCCUAGCCCCUUCCCCGUCCCUUCCCCGCCCCCGUCCCCGCCCCGGGGGCCGCCGCCACCCGCCUCCCACCAUGGCUCUGAAGAGAAUCCACAAGCUCCCUCUACAAAACCGCCUGAGCUCGGGCUGACGGAGGAAGUCGUUUUGCCCGAUCCACAAGUAUCUCUUGAGUUCACUUACCUCUUGGGUGGCAGCAAACAUCGGUCCACCCUGCUUGUCCAGAAACUGUUCAGAGUUGGAAGUUCAGAAGAAAAAAAAAGGAAUUGAAUGAUCUGGCACGGGACCCUCCAGCACAGUGUUCAGCAGGUCCUGUUGGAGAUGAUAUGUUCCAUUGGCAAGCUACAAUAAUGGGGCCAGUAAGUAUUCAGAUUAAAUUCAGAAUAAACAGUUUAUGUAAUUUACUCAUUUUAAUCCCACUUUUCUUUUACCAACAGAAUGACAGUCCCUAUCAGGGUGGAGUAUUUUUCUUGACAAUUCAUUUCCCAACAGAUUACCCCUUCAAACCACCUAAGGUUGCAUUUACGACAAGAAUUUAUCAUCCAAAUAUUAACAGUAAUGGCAGCAUUUGUCUUGAUAUUCUACGAUCACAGUGGUCUCCAGCACUAACUAUUUCAAAAGUACUCUUAUCCAUCUGUUCUCUGUUGUGUGAUCCCAAUCCAGAUGAUCCUUUAGUGCCUGAGAUUGCUCGGAUCUACAAAACAGAUAGAGAAAAGUACAACAGAAUAGCUCGGGAAUGGACUCAGAAGUAUGCGAUGUAAUUAAAGAAAUUAUUGGAUAACCUCUACAAAUAAAGAUAGGGGAACUCUGAAAGAGAAAGUCCUUUUGAUUUCCAUUUGACUGCUUUCUAUGAGCCCACGCCUCAUCUUCCCCUGUGCACAUGUUUACCUGAUACAGCAGUGCUGCGUGUUGUACAUACUUGGAACAACAAACUAGAAAUACUGUACUUCUGUACCAACAUUGCCUCCUAGCAGAGAAGUGUGUGUGUGACAAGCCAGUUCUACAGGCAUUACCUAGGUGUGAGACUAAAAGCUUUUCUUACUGACUUAAAUUUGGAUAACAGCAAGGUGUGAGGGGGGUGGUGGGUAUGGUGUGAGCUUGGAUGGAAAAGAAAAGGCUCCACUCACCUGUAGGAGAUUAUUUUUAAGUGGAAUCCAUUUAAACUCAAAACAGUUAUGAAAAGCAAGGUGAAGAACAUGAAGCUGUGUCUGUAUUCAUUUUAUUCCGAAGGAGCUACGUCUUAGGUGAAAGUUAUGACCAACCAGAUUAAACUCUACCCACAUCCUGCAUUUUAAGGUCUAAGUUUAACUGGUCAACAUUUAAAUGGAUUGGAGCUAUUAGUAUAUCAAGUGUGAUGGGCUUUGUUCCCAACUCUUUUACAUUUCCCUACCCCUUCAACCUUUGGCCUUUCAUCCCUUCUUUCUCUCUUCCAUAUUCUUUGGUUUGUAUGUGGUUUCUCAGUUAAUACAUAGCUAAUAGCUCUUAUUUUUCUUAUGUUUUUAACCGCUUAGGUCUAUUUGGAUGUAAGGGUGAAAAUUCAUUUGAUGGAAAUACUUGUGUAUAUUUAAAGACCCAGUUGCUCCUUUGGAGCUUGUACGUUCAAGAAUGAUUAAUCUGUGUAAUAAACUGAUUACUACAGUCAUUACAUAUAAUUUUGUGUGAAUAGGCUUUUUGAUUUUUAAGAAGUUUGUCUAGCUGAGAUUAGUGGUGGAUUUUCUCCCACUUCUGAAAUGUUCAUUUAUACUGGUUGCAUUUCAAGAUCAUGAAACAAUUCCAGUUACAUAGUAAAAAGGAUAUCUUAAGAGUGAUUUUGUUGAACAAAAUAGAGGCAUAAGCUUAAGAGCAUUUCCAUGAAACUUAACACAUGCAGCAUUCCAGGAACCUGAUUGUUAAAUUCAAUAAGAAAUUUACUUUAUUAAUGAAACUAAGCUGCAUUUCAUCAAAACCUUGUGACAUUCCCUUGGUACACAGGACAUAAAACACAGAGGCAUUGCUAUUUGGUAAGUUAAGCCUCUGUGAUUGUAAUCAUAAAAGAGCAACAUUGACCAAACCUGGGAAACAAGAGCACAAUCUUGUUUGGAGAGUCUACAUAAUUACUUUGCACUAACAUUUGCAGGAUGUUCAUCCAAUUUUAAAUUGUACUGUAUGUGGCUUUUUGAAGUCUUCCCUUGACUCUAGUAAAAUAUAGCUUGAAACUUGUAAAAGACUGUGUUUGCCAGAAACAUCAUUCAUGUGAACUAGGCAAGUUAACUUUUUUCCCCUUCUUUUCCUGAUUGUAAACUAGGUCAACCUGAAAGCCAUGGCUGAUGCUCUAGCCAUCAGGUUCUUUCAAAUGCAUCUUUACACUCUUGCACAAAAAUUAAGGAAUAAAUGUCCACUGCUUUUGGUUUUAA